UGGCCACGUCUCCCAGCCACGUCGCUCGCCACUCGCCAUUUUCCCCCUUUCCCCCGAGCUAAAUACCGUAGUUUUUUUUUUCCUGGCGUCGCGUUUGUGUUCAGCUUUACAGUCGGGCUGGGUGGAAAAGGGAGUGUUACCGGAGAGGAACGGAAUUCACCGAAGAGCUUUGAGAUAGGUUGCUGACUGAGGGGGCUUCCACAAACAUGAACAUUUUCAGGCUAACCGGCGACUUGUCCCACCUAGCAGCCAUCAUCAUUUUGUUGCUAAAAAUAUGGAAAAGCAGGUCCUGUGCCGGUAUUUCUGGAAAGAGUCAGGUCCUGUUUGCCUUGGUCUUCACCACUCGCUACCUGGACCUGCUUACGUCCUUCAUCUCCCUCUACAACACCACAAUGAAGGUAAUCUACAUCGGAUGCGCUUACGCCACCGUCUACCUGAUCUACAUGAAGUUCAAGGCGACCUACGAUGGGAACCAUGACACGUUCAGAGUGGAGUUCCUGGUGGUCCCAGUGGGCGGGCUGUCUUUCUUGGUCAAUCAUGACUUCUCCCCUCUGGAGAUCCUGUGGACAUUUUCCAUCUACUUGGAGUCGGUGGCCAUCCUCCCACAGCUCUUCAUGAUCAGCAAAACGGGAGAGGCUGAGACCAUCACCACCCACUACCUGUUCUUUCUAGGACUCUACAGGGCCCUCUACCUCAUCAACUGGAUAUGGAGGUUCUACUUUGAAGGAUUCUUUGAUAUGAUUGCCAUUGUGGCAGGAGUGGUGCAGACAAUCCUAUACUGCGAUUUCUUCUACUUGUAUGUAACAAAAGUUCUCAAAGGAAAGAAGCUGAGUCUGCCAGCCUAAGUGCCAAAGAGAAGCAAAUUGGCAAAUUGGGAGCGAUCGGAGGGGAACAGGAUCAGCAGUGGACACCUUUUGCAAAAUAUCGAGAAAAAAAAAGAAAAAGAAAAGAAUAAUAAUUACAAUGGUAUCACGUCCCUUCCUCCUCCACCACGGCCUUCUCCUCUUCCCCUCCAACCAGCGUAAGAUGCCUGAGACAGAGCAACUCCGGAGCUGCCGACUGAUCCAGAACCGGUGGAUUCGGAACGCCUGCAUUUGGAUUUCUGUUUGAUGCAUCUUGCCUUAACUUUUUUUUAUUGCUCUGUAUAAAGGAAGCGAAACACUGCAGGUUUUCUACAUAAAAAAGGAGGAUCAUUGGCAUGUAAUGGGUGAAGAUGCCUGAGAUUUUUCAGUGUAUAAUAUUACACUGCUGGGAGAAUGUUGAGUUUGUAAUAUUUGCAAUCAAAACAAAUGUUCUUUCAUAAAAAUAGGGACAUUUGUUAAAUAAUUUUAAAAAUGGACAAAUUAUUCAUGUUUCCCCCUACAUUUAUUUGACUAUUUUACAUUCCCACUAGUAAAGUUUGUUCUGGCAUAAAAAUGCAGUACAGGUAAUGUUUUCUGUCCAAGAAAAAAAAAAAAAAGCAAGUUGGACACAACUCAAGUUAUUUGUUCAGAUGCCAUCAGAGCUGGUUUUGUUUUGUCAGUGUAUUUUAACUGUUCAUAUUUAAAGGCUUAUGAAGAGUAAACGCAGAAAGCACAGGUGUAAGAAAACAAGCCAGUAAACACAUUUCUGUAAAUGACUUUUUACAUGAGCUCCUGCUCACCAAGUACACAUCACUUGUAAUUACACAUUAUUGCCAAGCUUGUUCAUUUCAGAAAAGGUUCUUUUUAAACAUUUAAAAUUCAUAAACUGAAGCUUAUGUGCUGUAGUUGAAGCCUCACUACAGAAAGUUUUCAUCUUUUAGGUGGAGUUGUAUUUAUUUAUUUUUUCUCGCUGAUUCCAAUAAACACAGAGUCCGGAGAA